AUGAAGUCAUCAAGUAGUCCCAGUGAUGAAGGCGACCUAUAUGGCAUUUUGGACAAGCCCAAUAUCAAGCAGGUGCAAUUCGGGCUAGGUAAACGGUUCAAGACAUGGUAUGGAAGCGCGGUAUACUUUGCACGGGACAAGCGAACCCUAGGUUACAAGGCCAAAAAUGUGGGAAUGUGCGACCGGUCUAUGGAUGAGAGUACAGAAGGAGGGUUCUGGCUCGAUGAACUAUUUGUUUGCGAGUAUUGCUUCAAGUACUACGAUCGGCCAGAUGAGUUGGUUGGGCAUGUGAAGAGCUGCCGGUACAAGCUUCGACUACCAGGUCGAAUCAAAUACAUGAGCCCUGAGUAUACCAUUCGGAAGGUUAAAGGAAAGAAGCACGAGCUGUUCUGCCAGUGCAUGUGCUUAUUCACGAAAUUAUUUCUCGAUAACAAGUCCGUGUACUUCAGAAUGACCAGCUAUGAGUUCUAUAUCCUAUACAAUACUGAGGGCCGCGAGCCUCUGGGCUUUUUUUCCAAAGACUUGUAUUCAUACAAUCGGAAUAAUUUGGCUUGCAUUCUGGUAUUUCCUCCUUACCAGCGGCGAAACCUUGGAACUUUGCUGAUAGAUUUUUCGUACCGGCUAUCGAGAAAUGAAGGCAUAGUAUCAGGGCCUGAAUUUCCAUUGUCACCUUUUGGAUUGAUUGGGUAUCUAAAGUACUGGUCAUUUGCUAUAGUAUGGCAUCUAACCGAGGGUGAACUGUCUAACUUGCACAAAGUUAGUUUAAACGUCAUCUCUGAAGUAACUGGUAUCCGGGUCUCCGACGUGAUCAUAACAUUGAAGCAUCUACAAUGUCUCACAGAAAAUAACGAAAUUCUGCUCCCCGUUAUUAGAAGGUGGGCGAAGGAGCUGAAAGUUGACAGGGGGUUUAUGAUACAAGAACAAUAUCUCUUAUUGAACGAUUAA